CCUUUUCAGCUUUCAACACCUCUUCCUGUCAUGGAAUUCACUAGAUUUGGAAAAUGUCCAAAGCCUUACAUUUUUUAGGGAAUACAUACGGAGAACACCCGUUCUGGUCCUGUGACGUGUGGAAAUGCACUAGAGCAAAGGUCGACAAAGCCAACACAAUGAGUACCAAAAGAGUUUUGGAUGAACAGAAUCUAUGACAAAACCUCUUUUGCUGACAAUGACAAUCAGAACCUAAAAAGGAAAAUGAUAUGUUGAGUUUCUACUUGAGCAGUGAGGUACCAAGUUUAUUGACUUCAUGAUUGAGGGCUGUGUUUGUAAUUUUACCUGACAAGGAGAUAAAGAUAUCCCUAGAUGUACCUCUCUAGAUAGCGGUGAUUUCCACUGUUAAUAAGCUUGUGAACCACCAGGUACACAAGGUAGUUCUAGACAUACCAUGAAUCCUAGAGACAGUGUAGAUGUCAUGGAGACCCAGGAAAAACUGACUGUCAAAAAAGCCAAUCCUGGAAAGGAGUUGGAGGGUGAGGAUGAGAAAAUUCCAGAGGCUUAUAACUGCAACAUCUGUGGACGCAGCUUCCCUUUCCUCAGCUCUUUCUCGCAGCAUAUGAGACGCCACACUGGUGCGCGCCCAUAUAAAUGCCCCUACUGUGACCACAGGGCAUCUCAAAAGGGCAACCUCAAAGUCCACAUCCGCAGCCACAAACUGGGCACACUGUCCAGCCAUCACUCUAAUGAAGAUGAAGAAGGUGGGGCAGAGGAGGAGGAGACGAAGGUUUCUGAGGGACUGGAUGGGGGCACCAGUCCGACCAAGAGCAGCUCUGCCUGUAACAAGAUGAUCAACGGGGAUGCUAGUGAAGAAAGUCGGAGAAAAAUGCCAGCCCGGAGCAUGAAAAGGGAAAAGUCUGUGACCAACCAAAGGCCGUACUGUUGCCGCUUAUGUGGGUAUGAGGCCCUGCGGGAAGACCAGCUACUAAGCCACAUUGAGAAAGUCCACAUAACAGCCGAUGCAGAAGACGACACGGUCAUUGUUAAGGAAGAGGUCAUGGCCGAACCCGAGACCAUCCAACCACCAAGCGACGGCACAUUCCCCUGUGAGACCUGUGGCCAAGUUUUCAGCCAGGCAUGGUUUUUAAAAUCGCACAUGAAAAAACAUGCCGGAAUCCUAGACCACUGUUGCCGAAUAUGUGGAAGAAGGUUCCGCGAAGCUUGGUUUCUUAAGUCUCAUAUGAAAACCCACAAUGCCAGGUCUAGGUCUCGCUCCAAAGCAGAUUCAGCAGAGCCUCCCACCACUAUAAACGACGUAGCCCAGGAUCCUGAAUUCGGGACACCCUCUGUUACAUCUGUUUAUCAGAUGUGCUCCAAAUGUGGAAACCUUUUUCACAGCAAAGAGAGCCUGAGAGCCCACGAUAAGGUUCACAGUCCUAAAUGUGGCAGAAAAUCCCCACUCCACUGCCAGUCUACUGAUGAUGAAGAUUCACCAGCUGCUAAGAGACGUUUCCUUGAUUACUUUAAUUUACAAUGCAUUCAUGUGAACAAGCUGGAUGAAGAGGACAGUGAGAAAAGGACUCUUGGUCAGAGGAUUCCAGAACUAGAUCCAAUUUGUAGCUACCAGGCUUGGCAGUUGGCUACUAAAGGAAGGGUCAUGGAGCCAGUGGAGCCAAGUUACAAAGCAUCAUAUGGAGGAGGAAGCAUGGAGGUCGAAGCCCUCACAGAGGCUUCAGUAGUUUACGAGAAGGAGAACAGCUGCUUUGUCCUGCAAAGCCAGGAAAAACGCAGCUCAGGGAGACGCAGCAGCUCAGGGUUGGGAAGCCACGCAUCUUCAGGAGACAGAACACCAGAGAGCCUCAGCGAUUCCGAGUACCGCCCCUCAAGUCGACAGGACAGAAGACGACCGUCCCAGUCGCAAGCUUCUUCUUCCAAGGGCAAGGAGUGCUUUGAGUGUGGCAAGAUGUUCCGCAGCCGGCAUCAGAUGAUGGUCCACCAACGGGUCCAUAGAAAGGAUGGAGGCAAGGCACCGCCAGGAGACAAGGAAAGACCUGCAAGAGAUGAUCAAUGGGGCCCCACCAGUGAUCCAGAGUCUGGCUCACCAAGCAGACCCAGCACCCCUGGUUACGGAGAUUCUCCUCCUUCAUCGGCGCUUGGAGACCAGGCUUCAGAGAUGGGAACUUCAAACUCUGCAGAGACUCCAGAUGAAAAACCAUACAUCUGCAGCCUUUGUGACUUUGUUACUCAAGACUCACAGGCCUAUGUCACUCAUGUUCGAGUCCAACACUCCAAAGACAGAUGCAGCCCUGUCCCCAGUCCAAACUCCAGCUUAGGCAGAGAGACCCUCUGUGAUUACCCCAAACAGAAGAAAGCGUUUAACCCUGGGCUAAAAACCUCCUCUAAUGCUUACCUGUCUAAGCGCCCCUCUCUGUCGGAUCCCAACAUGAUUCCUAUGGAUUUAUGUGUGAGAGCCAACGGCAUCAGGGGCACGGUCUCUAUAACUUUAGAUAAGAAGAACCUCCUAAGCCAUAAGUGCUCCUUCUGCUCUCACUCCAGCCGAUACCCAGAGGUGCUCUGGAUGCAUCAGACCGUGGCUCACCGCAUCAAUAGCAGCAGCUCCAAUCUAGCUCCUAAAUGGGCUCUUAAAAACAGCUCCAAGAGCUCCAGGGACGUCUCUUUGUCCUCCAAGAGACGCACUGGACCACCUCCUGUCCUGGAAGGGAAAGAAUGUCAGCCGUUACCUUCGCUGGCACGCAGCCAACGCACGAGGCCCCCCACCUCCAGUGAGGUGGUAAAGAGGAGCCGACCAGUGAGUCAUGCAGCCACUCCACCAUCAUCAUCAUCUACACCUUGUACUCCAUCCUCGAGAGGAUCUUCAUCUGCAUCAGGCACCCAGGCUGGGAGACUUCCUGUACGGCCUGUCAGCAGUACCAGCCACAGCGCCAUCAAACCCACAGAGGACCAGAGUCACCGCUUCAGACCCAAGGUUGACAUCUAUCCUAGAGUCACCGCUCAGGCAUCCUCUGGCUCUUUGGAGAAGAACACCGGAAGUCGCUUUCGAACCCCUUCACACACCCUCAGCUCCUCUGCAGCUUCCAAGACAGCUGACCGCUACAUGAUGCCACAGGAGGGACUAGGCUUCAUGCUGACCAACAAACACGGCCUGGCAGAGUACAGCCGAGCUCGCGGCUCGCCAAAUCAACCGCUCCCCACUUCCCAAAGCCACAGUCGGCCAAACCCUUCAAGGCCUAGCUCCAUCAACCACUGUUUGCCCCAAACGCACAACUACGGCGUCUCCCAGACACAGGGAGCCGUUGCUCAGACCUCCUCCUCCUCUUCCUCAAUUCCUUCAGAGAGCCGUAGGGAGGUAAAGCAGGAGCCAAGUGCAGAGAUGCCAGAGAUGCCAGCUGACGUCCUGGGCUUCCUCAAGAACUACAGCCCUCAUGAGCUGGCUGCUCUCUACCACCGCUGGGGUGCAGCCAACACUCUGAUGGACCCCACAGGGAUGCUGAGGUCUCUCAUGCGGCAGGGACAGUAUUUCUGCCAUGAAUGUGGGAAGAGCUUCAGUCAGCCGAGCCACCUGCGCACACACAUGAGGUCCCACACAGUUGGGUUUGAUUAUAACGGAGUCCACCGAGGUACUGACGCUCACACCACCGCUUCUGAAGCUCCCAAACAAGGGAAAGGCCAUUCUGCUGCCAGCUCUGCCCAUACCGAGCCUCUCAGAAAGGGAACCUAAAGACGCACGUCCAGAGCGUCCACCACAUGCCUUUCGAUAACAGCCGGUAUCCCGACCCGACAAGUUUGUCCCUGAGCCAGGAGGAGCAGAAAGCAGAGGCUGCCAAACACAUACCAAAUCCACAAUGAUCUUACUGUGAUUAAUGGAACAGAAAAUCAGAGACUCUUGAACCCAAAAUCUGAACCAAGACUUUUUAUUGAGACAUAAUUCUGGAAGAAUGGAGGUUCCUUAAGUUUUUCUUUAUAGCGCUCUUCUUCUUUUGCGGAGAGGCGUGCAAAAGCGUGGAUUACAGUGAAAGGAGGUGAAUCGGAAAAUAAUGUGUGAUAACAUUGCAAAGACUUUGUAGUGGAGGCUGAUUGUGAGAAAGUGAAGAUUGAAAAAUCGAAGUGUCUUCUCAGCGAGAAAGCUGGACUCACCAAAAUCAAUCUUUUGCAUCUCUUUGAGGUGAAUGCUUGCAUCAUUUCAAGGAUUUUUUUGUGUUUUUUUAGUUGUUAGAAUUUAGAUUUUCCUCUUGCUUUCAUGUUUGAGGUGUGAAGUUGCCACGAGCAGCCUUAAAGAAAAACUCAAGUGUCUAAUAGGAAGGAAAAGCCAACUCAUAUGGAGCUGGUUUAAUCAAAAACUGUGGAAAUACUUUACUACUACUGCUGAAACUUUUACACUUUUGUUUUGGCUUCGUCGAACGGGCUGGAUGGACUAGUCCACGCAGAAGAGGACACCCCUCAGUUCAUCUGACUCCUGAUGCAGGUGACAGGAAUCUGGAUCAAAUCACAACCCGCUUCCUAAAAACUCCAUAGCUUCAAAGCCGAUGACUUCAGAGAAAGGGGCUGGAUGAGAAAGAAAGAUGGAACACUGGUGUGUGCUUAAGUGCUCAUUAAAAAAUAUGUGAUUUUAAUAGCCAAUAUAAAAGAGCAUCCUAUUUUUAUGGCCAUUCAAUUAUUUCCCAUUUGAAGAAGAUAUUUCCUCCAUUACCUGUUCAUAAAAGAUUUCUGGCUUAGACAUAGUGGUCUAAAAAUAGAGUGUCAUAUAGGUGUUGGCUCCAGAUUUUAUUUCAACUUGUGCACUUGGAAAAAAAAAGACUUGAUAUAACUGGAAGAAAUACCUCCUCCAAGAUAACUUUUGACAUUUUCUCCUUAUUGAUCUUGAGACAAUUAUAAAAUCACAGCCAUAAUGCAGUUGCACUGGAUUCAAACAAUCAUUUUAUAUCUGAUAAUGCCACUUUAUUGGAUAAUCAGAGUUAAUAAACAAGCCUGGGUAGCUCAACAUUCUGACCUUAGCUAUGCAUUCAUACUGAGAAGAUGACAGCUAGUAGCCUCUAGUAAUUAAAGUAUGAGCUGCAAAGUUAAAAGGCAACGAUCAGAGAAGAAUAACUAUAAGUAAAGCAUUUUUGUUAACAGUGCUGCAUAAUAUGGUCCACGUAAUCAGUUCGUAUGUCUUGGUCUUUCACCAAGAGAUUCACCAAUCAGACGAGAAGAUAAAAUUUUAAUUUAUAUAAAUUUAUAUAUAAAUAUAAUAUCUCUAACUUCCUUUCAUUGCAUCACGCUGUGUGCCAGAGUCUAAUAGUCGGAAACAGAGCAACUUAUUCCUCGGGUAGCAUCAUAUGUUAGCAAUGAGCAUAUUGGUAGACGAAUCCUCCUUAGAAAUGAGGGGGGACAUAGUAAUCCAUGCAUUCAUUAGCUGCAUUUCCAUUAGCCAUAAGUUUUGCUAAAAUUAAACACUGCGAUUUCGAAUAAAAAGAAGAGGUUUUAUGCUUUGAUGAGGUAUUUUUUUAGUCUGAGAGAAAUUCUUAUAAUUGGCAGAACUGCAAUGGAAACAAUUUUUUUUGGCAUCACAAAAAAAGUGAUCUUCAGAUUAGGGUUGUCACGAUACUAAACUUUUCAACUCGAUACCGAUACUAAGUAAAAUAUUCGAUACUCGAUAACCUUUUCGAUACCACCAGAAUAAAAACAAAGACUCUAAAAUUCAAC